ACAUUAUCUGGACCAAAGGAAGACGUUACAAAGUUUGUUGCAAAACUAACAGCAGAUGGUGUAUUCGCCAGAGAAGUAGCUUGUUCAAACAUUCCAUAUCAUUCAAAGUAUAUUGCCGAAAUGGGACCAAAAUUGUUGGCUCAACUUAAAACAAUUAUUUCGGCACCAAAACGACGUUCAGAUAAAUGGAUUAGUUCGAGUGUCCCCAAAAGUGAGUGGGAUCAAGAGAAAACUCAAUUCAGCUCAGCCGAAUAUCAUACCAAUAAUUUAUUGAAGCCAGUACUAUUCGAAGAGGCGGCCAAGAAUUUGCCGGAAAACGCCAUUACCAUCGAAAUUGCACCACAUGGUCUACUUCAGGCCAUUAUCAAGAAAUGUUUGCCCAAUGGAGUUCAUGUACCACUGACACAUCGAGCAAAUAAGGAUAAUUACCAAUUCUUUUUAUCUUCGCUAGGAAAGCUUUUUAUGAGUGGUGUUUCAAUGCAUUUGGAGCAUAUGUAUCCAGCCAUAAGCUAUCCUGUUUCGCGUGGAACACAAAUGAUAUCGCCAAUGAUACUUUGGGAUCACAUUCAAGAUUGGCAAGGCGGUGAAUACAAUGAAAAAUCUACGCAGGUUCCCUGUGAAAGAAGAUUAUUAUUUAAUUUGGAAGACGAAGAGAAUGCAUAUAUUGCUGGACACAUAAUUGAUGGACGAUGCCUACUACCCGCAACAACAUAUCUUUCCUUUGUUAGAGAAAGCAUAGUGUCAAUAACGACAGGCCAGUCAUUUGAUUGGUCAGAUAUUGAAUUUGAGAAUGUUAAAUUCCUUCGAGCAACGUCGCUUGUGCCGAAUCAACAUGUCAAAUUGCAUAUAGUGGUACAUAAUGUUUUGGGAAGCUUUGAAGUGAGUGAAAAUAGGACAGCAGUCAUAAGUGGCAAUGUAAAGGCCACUCAAAAUGGUGAACCAAUAAAGGAUCUCUCGCAAUGGAUAAAGCCCGAUCAUUCGACUGUUAUGGAUAGCAAAGAUUUUUACAAAGAGCUUCGUUUGCGUGGUUACCAUUAUGACGGCCUGUUCAAAUCUGUAACCGAAAUUCGAGGCGAUGGAGCUGUCGGCAAGAUUAAGUGGAAUAAUAAUUGGCCAGCCUUCAUGGACUGCAUGCUGCAAGUCAGUAUUCUUGCAAUCGACUCACGAUCGCUUUAUUUACCGACGAGCAUCCGAAAGAUUCGCAUCAACACCCAAAAGCAUUUGCAAGCCGUUGAACAAUUGGAUCCCGAAAAUCCAGUAAUGGAGGUGAGAAUGUGCAAGGAGCUUGGCAUUGUUACAUGUGGUGGAAUCGAAAUUGAAGGUCUGGUUUGUAGUUCAGUCAGUCGUCGAAAAGCUCCGGGCACUGAAGUUUUGGAGUCAUACGAAUUCAUCCCGUUCAAUAAUGACAAAAUUCAAUACUCACCCAAUGAAGCGGCCUCAAUCGCAAUGCAAAUCAUUUUGGAAAAUUUGAUGCAAUAUAAAAUCAAAAUUGUUGAAGUCGAUGCAAAUGAACCGGAACGAAAGACACUUAUCCAAGCAUUCGACGAAACAAUCGUUAACAUUCCUUUGGUGAUGGCCGAUUUGACGCUAUUGCGUAAAGACAAACUUGAAAUUGAUCAUGUUAAAGUGGAAGACAGAGAACUUAAGGACGAAACCAAUUGUCAAUUAAUUAUCGGGUCAAAAUGGCUCAAUAACAAUGAGAUAAUUGCACAGGCACAAACUAGUAUGGCCGAUAAUGGGUUCUUACUUUUGCGCGAAGAAAGCGCCAUUCGAUGGAACGAAAUUAAACGACCCGAAGGCUUCAAUGUGAUCUCACUCACCAGAAUUCCAGACGAGACUCUCAUAUUGCUUCAGCGCACUAGACCGGAAGCCAGCAAAACCGUUGUUAACAUCGAUUCAAAGGAUGUGGCAUUCAAAUGGCUUCAACCGCUCAAAGAAGCCAUUAAAAAUGGGCUCACCAUUGCGGUGGAGCAAAAGAGUGAAGAUUCGGGAAUUCUCGGAUUGAUUAAUUGCAUUCGACGCGAACCAGGAGGAAAUAUGGUUCGAUGUGUGUUGAUAGAUGACAAAUCAGCACCAAAAUUCGAUCUCAACAGCCCAUUUUACAGCAAUCAAAUGAAACUAGACUUGGCAGUCAAUGUGUAUCGCAAUGGUCAAUGGGGUGCAUAUCGACAUCUUACACUCAAAAAAGACGUCGAAGAAAAAGAACGGAGUGGACACUAUUAUGCCAAUUUGAAACGAAUCGGCGACCUAUCGUCCUUUGAAUGGAUGACUGGCUGGAUCGAUGCAAACAUAUCAAAAAAUCUCGUGAAUAUUCAAUAUUCAGCCAUCAAUUUCCGUGAUGUAAUGAUGGCAACUGGACGUAUACCGUUGGAGUCGUUCACCUAUAAUAGAUUGGAUCAACAAUGCGUAAUCGGGUUCGAAUACUCAGGAAUUAAUUCUGUUGGCGAGAGGGUAAUGGGUAUGGCUGUUCCCGGAUCUCUAUCUACACAAAUUGAAUCACCAAAAUGUCUAGUUUGGAAAGUUCCAGCAUCGAUGUCAUUGCGAGAUGCAGCCACAAUUCCAGUAGUAUAUGUAACGAUUUACUAUGCAUUCUUCUUCUACAAACCGAUCUCAGGUGGAAAGUCGAUUCUCAUUCAUGCCGGCAGUGGUGGGGUCGGUUUGGCGGCAAUUCGAAUCGCGUUAGCAUAUGGAAUGGAGGUGUACACGACUUGUUCAACAGAGCAAAAGAAGAAAUUCAUUAUGGAUCAGUAUCCACAGAUUAAAGAAGAGAAUAUUGGCAAUUCCCGCGAUUGUUCAUUUGAGCAGAUGAUAAUGAUUCGUACAAAGGGCAAGGGAGUUGAUUAUGUGUUGAAUUCAUUGGCUGAGGACAAACUGGCAGCAUCGGUUCGUUGUUUGGGCAGGGGAGGAGUGUUUUUGGAAAUUGGCAAAUUUGAUAUUAUGAACAAUAGCAAAUUGGACAUGGAAACAUUUGCCAAAGAAAUCCAAUUCCGUGCAGUUUUUGCCGAUAAUUUGAUCCAUUUACCAAAAGAAUGCGACAUUUUAUUCAAAAUGAUUGAAAAAGAUGUGGAGAGUGGCUUAAUUCAACCGCUUCAUUCGACCGUGUUCAAAGUGGAUGAAGUUGAAAAGGCAUUCCGUUAUCUCAGCACAGGUAAACACGUGGGCAAAGUUUUGAUUCAAAUUCGUGAAGAUGAAAGGUCGCAAUUGUCAAGUCCGAUGAGAAUCUUUUCAAGAGCAUACUGUGAUCCUCAAAUGGUUUAUAUCAUCGCUGGUGGUUUGGGCGGUUUCGGUUUGGAGCUGGCCGAUUGGUUAAUCUUAAGAGGUUGCAAGAAACUAGUGCUCAGCUCUCGUACAGGUGUAAAGAAUGGAUAUCAAGCAUAUCGAAUUAAGACAUGGGAGUCAUACGGUUGUAAAGUCAUAAUUAACACAGCUGAUAUAACGACACAUCAAGGAUGUAAAAGUCUCAUUGUUGAAUCACUCGCACACGGUGCCGUUGGUGGCAUUUUCAAUUUGGCGGUGCUUUUGCGCGAUAGCAUUUUGGAAAAUCAAAGUUGCGACACAUUCUUUGAGUCGUUCGGUCCAAAGGUGUUUGCCACACGAUAUCUGGAUGAAUUAUCACGAGUUUUGUGUCAACAACUACAAUACUUUGUUUUAUUUUCGAGUGCGUUGUGCGGUCGCGGGAAUGCGGGCCAAUCGAAUUAUGGUAUGGCCAAUUCGAUCAUGGAACGAAUUAUCGAGAAACGUGUUAGAGACCAUUUACCUGGAAAGGCGAUUCAAUGGGGAGCUGUUGGUGAAGUUGGUCUCGUUGCUCAAAUGGCCGAGGAGAAAAUCGAUCUUGAAAUUGCCGGAACUGUACAACAGCGCAUUGCAUCCUGUCUGACUGUGAUGGAUGAUCUCUUAUCAUCGAAGGAACCUGUUGUUUCAAGCAUGGUCGUGGCUCAGAAGCAUGCUGUCAGCAAGAUGAACUUGAUUCAAAGUAUACUUCACAUUAUGGGAAUUCGUGAUGUUAAAUCCGUAUCAAAGAAUUCGACAUUGGCUGAGCUCGGUAUGGACAGUUUAAUGGCAGUUGAAAUCAAACAAGUGAUGGAACGUGAAUUCGAAUUUAAUUUAACUGCACAAGAUUUACGAAGUCUAACAUUUUCCAAGCUUCAAGAGCUCACAAAUUUGGGUAAAAAAGGCGACCUCAUUAAAAACAGUUCGAGUAAUAAAGCCCAGGUACAAAGAAAUAUGUUGUUAAGCAGCUUAGGAAAUGAAAAGACAGCCGAUAAAGUCAUAUUGCCAUUGAAUGAAAUGGAAGCAAUACAGAGUGAUGCUUUGGCGCUAUUUAUUCCUGGGAUUGAAUGUGUUAUCAGUCCAAUACUACAGUCAAUGUGCAAGAACAUCAAAGUCCCUAUUUAUGCACUCCAAUUACAUGCACACUGCAAAGAGGAAUCAUUUUCAAAUCUGAUUGCGUUGAUUUCAAAGGAUGUGCUGAAUUUAUUCAAUGGCAAGAAGAGAUUCAUCCUUAUCGGUCAUUCGUUUGGUGGAUUAGUUGCACUGUCAUUAGCAAAAAUACUUGAACAAAGUGGAUUAACUGGUGAUGUAAUCGUCGCAGAUGGUUCGGUGUCACUAUUCAAACGAUUCGUUAAAGCGCGGAUUCCAAAUAUGAAUCAAGACCAUGAAAAUGUUGAAAAAUUUCUGCAGGUACAAUUGGUGUACGAAAUUCUACCUGAAAUCAGUUUAGAUGAAAUUCAAAAGAUUAUGCACAAAGAGAAAACAUUUGAUGGUAGAAUGGAUAAGUUCCUGGGCCUGCUGAAAGAACACAAAUAUUCUAAUGAAUAUCUGAAGAAUAUAGGAUAUGGUUUAGUGAAUCGCAUUCGAAUGAUAUUUAGUGAAAAUGAGGAAUACGUCGGUGAAAAAAUCAAAUCCAAUAUCACAUUGAUUCGUCCAACAGUCAAAUUAGUUGUUGACAUUGAGAAUGAUUAUCUACUCACACAGUACACAAACGGCCAGAUUUUCAUCAAUACGAUCGAAGGCAACCAUUUAACAAUUUUGGAUAAUGUGCAGCUGUAUGAAAUCAUUAAUGAUAUAUGUCUGCAUCGUUGAUGUGCACGUUCUCAUGAGAAUGUACUUGAUUAGAUCCUGGAAUUUGUAAAAAUAAUGCAAUCAAUUGUGAAAUGUGUAUUUUAUCCUAAUCUUAAACUUUCAUAAUCAUUUCGAUUUUAAGCAGUUGAGCAGUUAGUUAAAUUUUGGAAUUGUUCCAGUGAAACUAUUUUUGGUUGACAUUUAUGAUUAAGAUUGGUAAAACAGAAGUUAAAUGUUACUUUGAUACAAUUCAAUUUUUUUAAUUAUUACUAGUUAUUACUAGGUUAUUGGAAGAACAUUUGACAAAUAAUGGAUU